UAUUCCUUAACUGUCAUAGAAAAUUUAUGAUGGUUUUAAAAACAAUGUGAACACUAUCACAGUAUCAAAGAUGAAAUACUCUUAAGAUAGAGUCACAAAGCUCGGGGGAAUCCUCCCAGCAUUCUGACGCCCAGGAGGAGCGAUGUCAUAAUGUUCUAGUUAAUCUUUGGAUAACUUCCUCCCCAUGCCACAGGAAGAAAGCUCUGAGGAGAAAUAGAUUACUGAAUAACCAACAUCAAUUUCUCAAUGAAUGUUAUAUUCUUUGUAUUUUUAUCUGGGGUUUCUUCCUCAGGGAUUAGCAAUUCUGAGCCCAGUAUGGAAGAGGUACCUGAUGUGAUAUCUUUAGAUGAAGAUAAUCAGGAAGAACAAGAUACAGCUAAUAACCCUGCUACACAUCACGAGGGAGAAAAAAAUUCAAAUGAUAUUCCUGCUAAUGAGAAAACGGGCAAUUACUAUAAAGACAUAAAACAAUACAGAAUUAGUGCAACACCUACAAACAAGAAAGAAGAAAAUGAAGCCUUGCUUAGAAAUAACCAAAGAACAACCUCAAAUGUGCCUGCAUUUUGGUCAAUGUUAGCUAAAGCUAUAAAUGUAAUGACAGUGAGCAUGGAUGAUAAAGAUCAAUUACUUUAACCAAUUCCAGGCUCUGAUGUAAAUGCUACACAUGAAGAAGAGAAACAAUCAUACCUAGAGGAUCUCAAGCUCAGGUUAAUGCUGGGCAUCACACUGAUGACCUUCCUCAUUUUUAUGCCCCUUGUGAUAUUCUGCAUUGCCACACUGUACAAGCUGAAGCAGCUGAGUCACAAAAGUUGUCAGAGUCAAUACUCCACCAACCCAGAGCUGGCCAUGCUCUCGUACUUUCAUCCAUCAGAAAGUAUAUCAGAUACUUUUUCCAAGAGUGCAGAGAGCACCACAAAGUGGGGUACUGACCCUUCAGAUAUGAGAAAGCCAAGCACAAGAAUGUCUAAAAAUAUAACAGGCUCAGAUGACAUAGGCUUACUUGAUGAGUCGGAGUUAUUCAGCAACGAGGAAGCAAAUGAGGAAAUCAAUGAUGUCGACAAUGAGAACUCAAAUGAGGAAAUCAAUGAUGUCGAAUAGAUAACAUUCUCUUAUAACUAACAAAUGAUUUUUCUUC